AAACCAACAAAACAAACGACGCGUUAAUACAAGCACCCAAAGGCAAAAAUCCCCAAUUCGUCUAGUUUUCCGGCGAUUAUUAGGGUUUUACACUCGAGCAAAAUGGAACACCAAUUAGUCAAUUGGUCGGAACUUUGCCCAGAAAUCCUCUCAGAAAUCGCCAAUCGUCUCGGAACUAAACCCAAUGUGCACAAUUUUCGACAAGUCUGCAAAAAUUGGCGUUUUUCCGUCCCCAAAAUCCGACGAAAUCUUCCUCAACUCUCCCCUAUCUUUCCUCUCAGAUUCUCCGCUGUUUAUCCCAACUUCUUCUCUUCAUUAUCUCGUGGAACCCUUCAUCAUUUAAUUGCAGAUGCAGUGUAUCUCCUUCGACCUCGGAAUCUUCCAGAAUCUUCCAAAUCAUGGCUUGUUACUGUCGAAGAAUUAUACCGAGGUAAGCUUUCAGUUCGAUUUCCUUUAUCUAGAAUUAGAGCUAAAGGAUUUUUACCUCGGAAUUUGAAUUUUCCGACGAAUUUGAAAUUGUCCAAUUUUCAUGUUUCCUUGAUUGCUAGUGGGUUUAGUGUAAGAGCUCCGGAAAUUGACCCAGAUUGCUCAUCAAAUGGUGGGUUGUUACUUAAGAAUAAGUUGGUUUUGUUUGCGGAUCCUGCUUGUUUUGAACCUUUUUCGGUUAAUGAUUACUCUGGUUUGUUGUGGUUUGAGGAUGGUCGUGUUUUGUGGGUGAGAUUGUCCCAGUGUUUCGAUUGGGGAAUUUUAGCGUAUCGUGGAACCUCGAGAUUUGAUGACAUUGUAAAUUUUAAGGGGAGGGUUUAUGUGAUUGAUCGUACGGGGAGGGUUUAUGUUGUUCAUUAUGAUUUAGAACCGGCUAAGGGGGUGAAUUUUUGCCAGACGUUGAAGAUGGAAUGUAUCGCGAGUGAUUUGAUAGGUAGUGGUUGUGAUGGCGAUAGGCGGAAGCGAUUGGUGGUGGAUUCCUCUGGGGUUUUGUAUUUGGUUGAAAGGUCUACUUACUGUGGUGAUAAGAUACAUUUUAAGGUUUAUUUGUUUGAUGAAGAGAAUUGUAGAUUGGAUGAAGUUGUUGGAAUUGGAGAUGAUAGAAUAUUGCUUGUGGGUGUUGAUUGGUGCUUCUUUGCAUCGUCAGCUGAUUUUCCGGGUUGUAGAGGGAAUUGCGUGUUUUUCUUUAAGGAUGCCUUCCCCACAUAUGGUGGUAGAAGAUCAUCUGAUGAUCGUUUCUUCGAAGGAGCAAGCAAGGAAUUGGAAGUUGUUGUAUUCCACUUUGAGAAUGGCAAUGCUGGGCCAAUAUCAGCUUUUGCUGGAUAUUCUGACAUAUUAUGGCCACCACCAGCAUGGUUCUAUACAGGAUUUUCUGUCCUGAAGUCAGAUAAUUGUAUGCCCCUGAAAACUCGAUUCAAUUAAUGUUCCUUUUAUCAAUUCUUCCACUUCGAGCUAUGGUAUUUACAGAAUGCUUUUGCUACUAGUUGAAUAUUUAUGAUAUAGAACAUUUUGAUACUUCUCUAUGCGUGGCAGUCGUAUGUAAAUGAGGUGGUUUGCUUCUACUAACAGUGAGGUCAGAAGCUUGAUGAGCAUACCCUAAAAAACUCUAGGUAAAUUAUCUAGUUGACCUGUCAUGUAGUGACUGAUAUCUGAAGUUGUUAUCAUGGAUCUUGCCUUAAGGAUUACUUCUAUUCAUAUUUAUUGAAUGUGUUAAACACGCUGUGCACUUGUACGGUAUUUUAAGGUCAAAGGCAAUUCUAUUGAGCCUUCUUAAUCAUAAUAAUAUAUGUGACGCGUAUAUGAGGCGCCUUCUUCUCCUUUGUCCCUGGGCUCUUUGGCUUCACAAGUGCAGCCUAUUAUUCUAGCUCCGAUCAUUCUCCAGAUGCUUGUUUCUGCAGUGCCAUCUCCCUUGUGUGUAAAUACUUUGCCUUCAAGAAUCAAUUUAUCCCCACACCUCCAGACAUCCCUUCUCUUUAAAAUUCUGGCAGAAGUUUCUAAAGACUAAUGGCAAAUGGCUAUUGGGUUUUCAAAAGCAUGCAAGAGUGACUGAUCCCUUAAUGGUUAACGUGAUGGCAAUCCUGCAAAGUCUCCAGAUUGCUUAAGCUACAGGGUAGAGCAACAAUUUUACUAGGCGGGAUUCUAAAAUGGCGGUUGAAUGCCCAAAUAUGCAAGGAAAGCCACUCAUACUUUUGUGCUAUGAUGCAAAAUUUUAGGUCUUACUAUCAUGGAGUGGACAAGGAACAAAGUAGCUGACACCUUGGCUAAGUAGUGCAGGAAAUUAGAAGGCAUUUGGUUAUAAGCCAAACUUUUGUUGUACUCCUCAAAUAACUUAUUACUACCUGUUAUUGUGGAUGACUGCAGUGUAUGUACUGCUAGUAGUGUAGUCUAGAGUUCCUUGCUUUGCAUCCAAAGGUAAAGUAUUUGAUAAACAAUGUGCGACGAGGGACGAGGUAUCCAUGAGUAAGGAAGCGCGGCAGAAUACAUUUUUGGUCUUCAAAUUGGGAGAAUCAAACCUGUUAUUGUGUAUGACUGCAGUUGUAUUAUAAAUGUUGUAUGUAUUAAAAGCUAAGUAUAUGAAAAUCAUCUCUGACCAUCUUAUUCUAAGGGUCUCUCA